UUGGGAGAGUUUUUAUGGGUUUUAAACUAAAUAAGUUAAACAUUUUAGGUUAAAAAAUAAUUCCAACCCAUAAAAAAAAACCCUAGAGCUGUAAACCCCAUCCCUCACGGAGACACUCGUAGAGAGGCCAGCGUGAAGGCCGCUAUUAGGAUCAGUGUUGUGAUAUAUUUGAGGAGGCACCUUCGAUUUCAUUGUAGUGUUGAAAGCUUAAAAGAUGAAGAUGAAGUUAUCAGAUAUAUGGCUGAAAGGAUGUUGAUAAAGUUUAAUAAAUACUAGGAUGAAUAUAGCACUGUCCUUGCAUUUCCCAAGGAUGAAGUUGAAAACAUUGGGUUAUUGCUAUGAGAAGAUAAAUCCUCUAAAUUGGGAAGCAAAGUUAGAGAAGAUUAAAGAAAAAUUGUACAAGUUAUUUUUUGAAUAUUGCUCAAAGAAUGACAUUUUCAAUCUCCUAAAACGUAAGCAUAGUAAUAUGGUAUGUCAAUAACAUCAUCCUCGAUUGAUUCUACCAAGUCAAACGCACUUCAUGAAAGUUAGGAAUUAAAACAAUGUAACAUUCGGACUACUAUUAAUAUAAUACGGGAAGGAACCACCGUAUUAGCAACCACCGAUUACUCUCUUACCUGCACAACAGAAUCACAAGCUCACGUUAUGCCGUACAAACAAACCUACCAAUAGGGUUUGGGAAGGGUUUCGGCAGCUUCCAACACUAAAAUGAAAUCGGAGGUGCCUCCUCAAAUAUAUCACAACACUGAUCCUAAUGUGCUUCGUUUAGACCUGUAAAGCGACGUAUUUAAAAGGCCCAAAAAUAAGCAAAUGGGUCUGUCAACACACUAAUCUAGCCCAACUAAAGCACACGAAAAUAAAAAGAGAAAGCGGAGGGAACUCCAGAAGCAGAGUGCGUGUGAGCAUAAACCCCUUCAGAACAAUCAUUCACCAUUCGUUGCCGUCAAGUACUUGAUCGAAUAGGACCCAACAGUGAGAAUCAUUACGCAUCCUCUGUCUCAAUCGUUCAUCCAGACGAGGUUCACUCAACGGCAGCGUCUACAUUCGAAGCUCCAUAGCUGCAGCCGAAGUGGCGUUGCGUGCAGAGGAGAGAGAGAAUAAUGGAAGAAACAAAGAGAAAGGGAGAAGAAGUGCUAGUAUAAGUUCAUUCCACGGUGUUCAAAGAAUCAGAAAGUCUUGAUGGAAAAUGUGCUAAGAUUGAAGGCUAUGAUUUCAACCGUGGCGUUAACUAUCCGCUGCUACUCAGGUCCAUGGCCACCACUGGGUUUCAGGCUUCGAAUCUCGGUGAUGCCAUCCAAGUCGUUAAUCAAAUGCUAGAUUGGAGGCUAGUUGAUGAAGCCGUGACUGAGGAUUGCAGUGACCAUGAGAGGGACUUGGAGUACCGAAAAUGCGUGACUUGUAAAGUGUUUCUGGGUUUCACUUCUAAUCUUAUUUCCUCUGGUGUUAGAGACAUUGUUCGGUUUCUUCUUCAGCAUCGCAUGGUUGAUGUAGUUGUUACAACUACAGGUGGCAUUGAAGAAGAUCUUAUAAAGUGCCUUGCACCAACAUUUAUAGGAGAUUUCUCUCUGCCUGGGGCGUAUCUACGCUCGAAAGGGUUGAAUCGGAUUGGUAAUUUGUUGGUCCCUAAUGACAACUACUGCAAAUUUGAGGACUGGAUUAUUCCUAUUUUCGAUCAGAUGUUAAAGGAACAAAACACUGAGAAUGUGUUAUGGACACCAUCUAAAUUAAUAGCUCGAUUGGGGAAAGAAAUAAACAACGAAAGCUCUUACCUUUACUGGGCGUACAAGAACAACAUUCCUGUUUUCUGUCCGGGAUUAACUGAUGGCUCGUUGGGGGAUAUGUUGUACUUCCAUUCCUUCCGCAAUCCUGGUCUGAUUCUGGACGUAGUGCAAGAUAUAAGGGCAAUGAAUGGUGAAGCUGUUCAUGCAAGUCCCAGGAAGACGGGAAUGAUCAUUUUAGGAGGUGGCCUUCCAAAACAUCACAUUUGCAAUGCCAAUAUGAUGCGUAAUGGGGCAGACUAUGCUGUUUUUAUCAAUACUGCACAAGAAUAUGAUGGUAGUGAUUCUGGAGCUCGUCCUGAUGAGGCUGUUUCAUGGGGAAAAAUACGUGGAUCUGCUAAAACUGUCAAGGUCCAUUGUGAUGCAACGAUUGCAUUCCCUCUGCUGGUUGCUGAAACUUUUGCUUCAAGAGUUAAACCUCACCAUUGAUGGAGCCUAAAGACGAAUUCACUCUCAAGUUUGAUUUAGUUGUUUCUUGAUUGACGAUAUUGAAGUUUCAGUUCGCUGUGGAUGCUUAACAUGACAAUCAUUUGAUUCUUCUGCUGUACAUAGCAGAGGACACAAUGCAGGCCUUUUCAACCAUUCUAAAGUUAUCCACUGAUCUUGACAGUGUGGAAGUCUGGAUUUGUAGAUGUAGUUAUAAUUUUUCACUGGAGAUGAUUGUACUACUGUAGUGUUUAGGUCAAGUAAAUCUUGAAAAACUAACUGAUCUCUUACGUUAUUUAUAAUUUUUUCUAACUGGAGGCUGUAUUACAGGUUGGUGAAAAGUUAUGACAGUACAACUAAUUUCUGCUAAUGUUGCAUUUUUCA